AUGGCUGUCACCAGGAAAAGCUUCACCAGGCCGACGAUGCGUGAUCGCCUUUUCGACAUCCCGACGACGACGGAGGAAUUCUCCCCACAUGCAGUACACCAAGAUACCUAUUGUGCCACUGGCUUCGGCGUAUUUGAUUGCCAACUCGGUGGUGGCUUUAUAACGGGGACAUCAGCUGGUCUUGGAUAUGAGCUUUCGCAGGUCGAGGCGAACUGGAGGUUUUUGGAUUCUCUCUUCCUCCCAUCCGACACAAUUUUCGGCUUUGUCAGCCUGACAACGAAGCUCAGCGUCCUCUUCUUCUACCUCCGCGUCUUCACAAGCUCGGCCAUGCGCCUGGCGACCAAGAUGACAUUCCUCAUCGUCAUCCUAUGGGGCGUUGACAACAUCCUCCAGACCCUGCUGGUCUGCCACAUCAGCAAUGGCAAAUGGCAGGCCACGAACCCGGACAUUUGCCGCGAACACGAGGCGAGCAUCCUCUCGACGGGGCUGUUCAACUGCAUCACCAACACUGUCAUCAUGCUGGUGCCGCUGUACACGAUUUGGAGCCUGAAGAAGGUCAGCGUGUCGACGCAGUGGGGGCUUAGUGGAGUGUUUUUGUUGAAUCUCAUUGCCAUCAUCGCCUCCAUCGUUAGACUCCGCAUCAUGAUGGACGUUUACAGCUUAGCACAAGUCGUCCGCAACAUGCCCGUCGCACCCUUCCUUACGGUCCUCGAAACGAACCUCACCAUCUGCAACUCUCUCCCGAUGCUCCUCCCGCUUUGGGACUUUUGGAAGCACCGCCGCUUCGAGACGGACGAGUACGUCUCGCGGCUGGGCGGCAACAGCCAGUCGUGCAAGCACGAGCAUCUGGUGGAGGACUUGACCAACGGCAUUCCGCUCGAGAUGAUGUACGGCAAGAACGAUGUGCACUUCACGACGACGGUUAUCGGGAGAGGGGAGUUGAGGCGGUCGAACGGGACGGAUGAGGAUGAUAUUUCGGAGACGGAGUCGACGCAGAGGCUGCCAAGGAAUGCGCAGGCGAUUACGAUUGAAACGAAGUGGUCUAUUGUGGAGGAGACGACCAAGGAUGGUGGGAGAGCUUGA